AUGGGGUCGGAAUCGCGAUCGGCGCCGAUAUCAGUUUCAUCGCCGGCUUCGUCUUCUUCGCCGAGCGGGAAACGAAACAGAGAUCCGGAAGACGAGGUCUAUCUCGAUAAUCUUCGUUCCCAGAAACGUUAUCUUAGCGAGAUAAUGGCUUGCAGUUUAAACGGACUAACAGUCGGAGAUUCACUUCCGGUCAACAUGUUAGAGUCUCCAGCUCGUUCUGAGACCUUUCUCUAUCACAGAGACGACUUGCCAUUACAAUACUCUCCAAUGUCAGAAGACUCAGACGAAGCGAGAUUCUGCGAGGACCCAACAACAAAUAGCACUAGCUCAUCGCAACCGGAGAGCCGCCCAACGAGUCCGGUUUCGCCAUACCGGUACCAAAGACCUCUUACUUCAACAAACCCGUCGUCGUCGUCAACAAUCUCAUCACACCAUUCACAUACAUGCCCUACUACUACCUCCAUGAGCACCAACGCAACAACUUCUCCAAGUCCACAGUCUCGCCAAAGAGGAUCCGACACUGAAGGAAGGUUUCCGUCAUCGCCUAGCGACAUCUGCCACUCCGGUGACUUGAGAAGAACCGCUCUUCUCAGGUCUGUUCAGAUGAGAACGCAGCCGUGUGGUUAUGUUUCUUCAAGUUCAGGACCAAGCAAUGUUGACGGUGAAGAGAGAAUGUGUUGCAAGUCUAUGGAAGAAGAUAACAGAGUCGAAGAUGUAUCUUACACUCAAGUCUCUACUAAGAGCAAGUCUUGUAAAGCUUUGGAUAUGAGAGACUGUGAAAGGUGA